GUAAACACUCGUGCAACAGCCAUGGCGACCGAAUCGUACAAAGAUACACUCUUACCUCUCCUUCUCGAGGCUUCGGUCCUGUCAUUCGGCACGUAUACCCUCAAAUCCGGCAGAGUAUCGCCUUAUUUCUUCACAUCCUCCCUCCUCCACACGUCCACCCUGCUGGGUGCGCUCGCCCGUUCCUAUGCCUCAGUGUUGACCUCUCCUCCAUUCUCACUCCUACUCGGGAAAGAUGAAGCCGGUUCAGACUCAAAGGUCCCGUAUUCUCCUCAAUUUGACAUUCUAUUCGGUCCAGCCUACAAGGGAAUCCCACUGAGUGCGAUCGUGACGCGAGAACUAGAGUUCAGCGGGAAGCAAUUCGCAGGAGUGUCCUACGCAUUCAAUAGAAAGGAGGCAAAAGAUCACGGAGAGGGGGGCACAAUCGUGGGGGCACCACUCAAGGGCAAGCGUGUGGUGAUCCUCGACGAUGUCAUGACGGCGGGAACUGCGAUGCGAGAGGCGGUAUCGAUCAUCAAGGCACAAGGUGGAAUAGUCGUCGGAGUGGUUCUCCUUUUGACCAGACAAGAGAGAGUGAGUGACAGUGAACCGAGGAGUGCCAUGAAAGUCGCAGAGGACGAACUGGGCAUUCCGGUUCGCGCCGUGCUCAAGUUCGAGGACCUGAUCGAGGCCAUCGAGGCUGGACAACUACAAGGUGCUGGCCCUGAACAACUCGAACAGAUGAAGAUCUACCGCGAGAAAUACGGUAGUAAGGAUUGAGCAAACUAUCAAGAAUUAUUGACAACCCUCGGGCUUGAUGCGCGCGCAACUGGAGAAAAGAGGGAGCGGCCAACUGUCGGUUGAUCAAACCUCGAGCGUGAUUGCAUAUCUACUGAGGACAACAAGCGCAUGUUCGAUGCAAAGUCGUCACUAUGCCUGGCCUCAAUGUGUUCUCAUUAGCAAUGCACCAAUGCUGAGAAAUCAACAGCGCAGACCCAGUUGUGAAACAACGCGCCCCAAUCAAGAAUGCUCAUACCAGGUCUCAAAACAGUCCUUGAGGAUUGUUAUUCUGACAGUGCAGAAAGUAUGAAGAAGGGAUUUUCUGACCUUGCAUAACCACGAGGCGCGCUUUCUGACUGGUUUUUCUGACAUGAAUUCUGACAUUGCGGGUGGACUUCUGAUUGGCACCAAACGGACGUUUCGGCCGAAUUCUCUAGAUUUGUCCCAGUACGGAGUGCUUGCUUGCUACUUGUGCAUUGUGUAUGCUCUUCUCUGAUAUAGAUCCACCACUUGACAUUUG